GUUAUAUUACCGUUUUCUGCCCUUCAAAUGACACUGCUUUUGCGGUAAGCGUAGCAUUCACAUUGUUCCUGCACUUGCACAGAAGACGAUAUGAGCAAAAUCGGAAUUAACGGAUUCGGCCGUAUUGGCCGUCUUGUGCUUAGGGCCUCCCUCGAACGUGGUGGUCAGGUUGUUGCCAUUAAUGAUCCAUUUAUUGGUUUGGACUAUAUGGUAUAUAUGUUCAGAUAUGACUCUACACAUGGUAGAUUUAAGGGAGAAGUCAAAGCUGAAAAUGGUUGCUUAGUUGUCAAUGGUAAUAAGAUUGCUGUAUUUAGUGAACGUGACCCAAAAGCUAUUCCAUGGGGAAAGGCUGGAGCUGAAUAUGUUGUAGAGUCGACUGGAGUCUUUACUACCAUAGAAAAGGCUUCUGCCCAUUUGGAAGGUGGUGCAAAGAAGGUUAUCAUUUCUGCACCAUCAGCCGAUGCACCUAUGUUUGUCGUUGGCGUAAACUUAGAUGCUUAUGAUCCAAGUUACAAAGUUAUCUCCAAUGCUUCCUGCACAACCAAUUGUUUAGCUCCUCUUGCUAAAGUUAUUCAUGAUAAUUUUGAAAUUAUUGAGGGUCUUAUGACUACUGUACAUGCUAUUACUGCUACUCAAAAAACUGUUGAUGGACCAUCUGGAAAAUUAUGGCGAGAUGGUCGUGGUGCUGCACAAAAUAUUAUUCCAGCUGCAACUGGUGCAGCUAAAGCUGUUGGUAAAGUCAUUCCAGCUCUUAAUGGAAAACUGACCGGUAUGGCAUUCCGUGUGCCGGUACAUAAUGUAUCGGUCGUUGACUUAACCGUUAGACUUGCCAAACCUGCAACCUAUGAUGCUAUUAAAGCUAAAAUUAAGGAAGCCUCUGAAGGACCACUGAAAGGAAUUUUAGCCUAUACAGAAGAUGAUGUAGUCUCUUCUGACUUCAUUGGUGAUAACCACUCCAGUAUUUUUGAUGCUAAAGCUGGUAUUCCUUUGAACGAUAACUUCGUUAAAUUAAUCUCCUGGUAUGAUAAUGAAUAUGGUUAUUCUAACCGUGUGGUUGACUUAAUUAAGUACAUACAAACGAAAGAUAACUAAAGUUUAUCAUAUAUUUAUAUAUAACACAUCUCCGUAAACGUGUCUGUAUGAUAAUGUUUAUUAUACGACCAUAUUCAAAUGAAAUAUCAUUAUAUUUAACCAGUAGAAUUUCCAAUCAGAAAUUGAAAAUAUGAAAUUAAAAGUAUUUUUUAGUAUAACAUUUUUUCGCACAGAAAAUAGUUUUAUCUAUUGUAUAGGCAUUAAUUAUCAAAACAAGUACAAAAGAAAGCAGAAUUCGUUAUAUUUAAAUCUUCAUUCGUGAUUUUCAAAUAUUUUCGUGAAUAUAAGAUAUAAAUGCAAAUUUAAUGUGUAUUUGUGAAAGUUGUGUAGUCACAUAUGCAAAGUAAAUUCUUGUAUCAUAUAUUACCUAAGUACAAGUAAUGUAUGUUACAUUUAAUUGUCUUUUAUCAUUUAUUCAUUCAUCACAUUCACAACCUAGACUUUAAAAUAUUUGUGAUUUCUUUCUGUAAUAAUAUUAUUUGUCAUUCAACACAUUGACAUCAAUAAAAAUUGUUAUGAAACUAA